CCUGCGGUGUCUGUACAAGUGUUUUAUUUCUCCUUUGUUUUGUCACUCGAUUGCACGAUUAACCACAGGUUUUGGAAAAUAUUCAAAACCAUCUAGCUAUAGAUUUGCAUAUAUUCUACAACGAAGACCGCAAGGAUAGUUCGCGUCCUCUCCGGCUCUGUCUCAAAUCCUAGUGAGCUGACUACCUAGGGAGCGUCACAGGCGCGUUCUCAGUCAGCUUACGCCUAUAAGGCCCAAAAGCGCGGUCUCAGUAGUCAGCUCACUAGAUUUUGAAACAACCCAUGAGUGUGUGUGUGUGUGUGUCCAGGGAGGAUUGUUAGGUAAUAUCCGCAGGAUUGAACCGGGGAAAAGUUGCUUCCUGAACUCUCGGCGCAGUUUGGUUGAAACCCGGCCCUGCUGCGCUUCACACAGGAAAAGAAAGACGGAUGCGGGCGAAGGGAGGAAUACCGAAACGAAAGGAAAAUAUCGAGACAGAUGAGGUGAAACCAUGGAGGUCUUGGACACGACAGCAUCGCGCAGUGAGGAGAACAAUGUGGGAUCUGAAGAAGACCUGCAGACGCAGCUAAUCGAGUGUCGAGCUCAGCUGGAGCACUGGCAGGGCGUGGCGAGGAUCUGCGAGCUUAGCAAACAGGAGGAGCUCCAGGAACUGCAAAAACAAUGCGACCAGGAGGUUCAGUCCUUGCAGGAGGCUCUGAGAGAAACAGCUGCUCAGUAUGAGGCUAGAAUAUCUGUUCUGCAGUCAGAACGAUCACAUUAUAGGAGAGCCACUUCGCCCCAGGACACUAAGGGCAUCUCUAAAAAGGGCAAGGUUGAGGGUACCUCUCCUCCACAGGGUGGUUCCCCUCCCCUGCGAGCUGCUUACCAUGAGGGCUCCGGGUCAGACUCUGAUCCACUGGAGCUGAUGGCGGAGUCGUCAGAUACAGAGACAACAGGCCUUAUGAUGGACUACUUUCCUCAGCACUGUGACUCUGCCUCCCUGUCUUCUUUCUCUCUGGACACACCCUCUUUGCCCCGACAUCUGCCCCCUCAAGAUGACACCGCCUCCCUGGUGUCCACAGGAACAUUGGUGCCUGAAGCCAUCUACCUGCCACCACCGGGGCACAGACUGGUCACACAUGCAGACUGGGACAAAUUGCAAGCACAACUUGUAGAGCUUCAAGAGGAGGUGACAGAGCUUCAAAAGCAGAAAGCUGAGCUGGAGAAAGAACUGGAUGUGCAAAGCACAGAGACACAAAAACAGUUGUCGGUGCUUCAGUCUCAGGUGCAAACUUCUGAGACUCUUCUUCAAGACCUACAGAAAUCAUUUAGCCAGUCACAAAAUGCCGUUCAGAGCAGAUUGGCGCAGCUGUCUUACUCUCAGAAGAGAGUUUGUAAUGAACUCUCCAAGCUGAAAGGUGAAGACACUGAUGUGGAUGAAAGUAGCCUUCCACCCCGCAGUCCAACACUAGAGGCAGCUCACUGUGAAGAGAGGCUUCGUAUUGAAAUAGUCAACCUACAGGAACAGCUGGAGACACGCACAGAAGAAAGCGAAAUUUUAGAAGUUAAGCUUGCCAGCCUGACAGUAGAGACAGACCGCAUACAGAUCCAAAAGGAAAAGUUGGAGGCUGAGCUGCAGGAGUGUCGUGUGGAGGUGCAGGGUCUGCGAGUGGCACUUUCUCACCUUCAGAAGGAGAAUAAAUCUCACACCCAGGAGAAGGCAGCAUUGCAGCAGCAGUGUUUAGAGUAUCGCAGUCAGGUGAUCAGUCUGCGCUCUCAACUAAACACUAGUCAAGCUGUGCAGAAGGAUUUUGUGCAGCUGUCGCAGUCACUGCAGGUCAAACUGGAGCAGAUUCGCCAGGCAGAAUCUUUGAACCAAGUGAAGCACAUUCUAGGGGAGGAGAUUGAAGACACUGAUUUGCCUGCAGAUGCCACAUGAAACAAUAUAAGAAUAGGUGACAUUUUGGCCAACCAAAGGGAAGAGACUCUAGUGGACAAGGAGGUGGUCUUCAAAAAGGGCCAAGCUGAGGUGGGCUGCCUACAUGAAAAAGAAACCUGCAGUGACAUGAAGAACUAAACGGCCAUUCCUGCACACAUGGGUUCAUAAUUCUUCUAAUGAACGCAAACUAUAUGGGGAAAACACAAUUUCUUAACGAUCUGGACAAACUGGAAUUGCUAAUACUUGAAUUUUGUGAAAAUCUAAUACACUGACUACUAGCUGACUAGACUUAAUGCUACUGCAGUGUAAGUUUUAUCUUCCUGGCCUAAUCCUUCUUUCCUAAUAGAUACUGAUGGAAAUAUGUUACUCAUUUUCAGCACCUGUCACCAGCAAAAUAAAAACCAAAAAAACAUACUGGGGAUGGAUACUGGGGGCAAUUGGAACUUUUAGAAUAUGUAUUUUUUUUCUCAGACUACUACAGAUCUACCUGAAAUCGCUAUAAGAAAAAAAUCUAUGUGCCAAAGUAACAGUAUCAUUAAUAAAUAUAUAAUGAGAAGGAUGAUCAUAAUAUUUAAUAUUAUUCCACAUAAUAUCGGAAUAUUUUUCACCUUUAUGUGGUACUAAUUAUUUUAGCUGUCUUAAAUGGUAAAUACAUUAUAAUUUUUUGAAAUGAGAUGCAACCUUUUUACUACACUAUUUUAAUAAGCAAAGUGUAAUUAGCUGUUGACUAAAAGAUUCAAUUCAUACUGUUUUUAUUCAUAAGUAGUGUUACAACUGCCCCCAGUUUCUCAGCCAUGAUGAAAUAUUUUAUGAUAUCCACCAGCAACAGUGUUAGCAUAUUCAUUUUAUAUUAACUUAAAGCCAAAAACCAAGAGGUAAAAUAAAUAUAACUUUAAAUCAAAUUGCAUUUGAAAAUAUUACCCCCUUAAAUAGUUUUGAACCUCAAAUGGUUUUUGUUGAAACUUUAUUUCAAAGUGAAAUAUUAAUUCUUACUGUUCUCAGACAGCUAGAGAACUUAUACUGACAAGACAGUUGCCCCCUGCUAUAAUACUACCUACCCUACUAUAAUUAUUUUUGCAUUCAAUUUAAGACCAAAGUCACUUUACUGGAAAGAGCCAUCAUUUCAUUAUGAAGCAUCUGGUGCCUGAGCCAAUGAACAGUGGAAGAUCAAUGGUAUGUUGAAGAGUUGAUAAAACACUAAAUCUGUUUGAAAGGGGCUAAUAAAUGUUAAUUCAUAUAUAUGUAGCACAAUGUUAGUAACAAAUCUGAGUGCAUUACAUAUGUAUGAAAAAUAAAGAUUAAACUAAAAGACA